AAGACAAAAGUAUCCAUCUACCAAUCAAAAUAUCUUUGACCAUACUUUCCUCUUCCCAACACCCUUGGACUCCAAUCACAAUUCACAAACAUGCCAACCCUCUCCAAUUUCUACACCAUUCAAGAUGUAUCCAACCACAAAACCAAAGACGAUUGCUGGAUCAUCGUCGACGGAAAGGUAUAUGAUGUGACACAAUAUUUGGAUGACCAUCCUGGCGGAGAUGAUGUAAUUCUCGACGCAACCGGGAGAGAUGCAACUGAGGAUUUUGAAGAUGCUGGCCACAGCAAAAGUGCAAGAGAACUUAUGGAGAAAUAUUAUAUUGGUGAGUUUGACACGUCGUCUCCAAUUUCCACCAAGAAAGGUUUUUCUGAAAAGUUCAUGCAGCUGAAGAAUAAGCCAUAUUUGAGUUUUUCCGUAGCCGUAGUUGGCAUCUCAGUGGUUGUUGGUUUCUUAUACUUGCGGAAGAAAUAAUAUUUAUUUACGCAAGUCUACUGUUCAUUCUUUUUUAAAUUGUUGCCGGUGAAAAUGAAGUAUUGCAACAAAUUUUGCAUUGCUUGAAGCAUAGAAAAUAUAUAAAAAAAGGGGCUUAUUUAUUUCAAAACUAUAGUAAUAAGGGAACAAUUGAUUGAAGCAUAUUGUUGCAUUGGAGCAUUGAUUAGAGAAUGAUUAAACAUGUUUACUUGCAA